AUGAAAAAACAGGCCUGUGAAGAAUAUACCGAAAGAAAAUAUAUCACAAAAACAAAUAGUCCAAUGAAGAGAGAAAGGCGCUCACAUAGAAUGAAACAGAAAAGAGCGUCUGCAGUGUAUAGAGAAACAGAAAAUAAAAGGAAAAGAGAGAAUCCUGAUAAUAGACGUAAGGAAAAGGAACAUAAACAAUUUAAAAGAAAGGUUCUUGAAUACAGAGAGGCUGAAAAUGCAAUGAAAAGAGAAAAUACUGACAACAGAUAUAUGGAGAAAAUACACAAACAGUUAAAAAGAAAAGAUGAUGAAUACAGAGAGAAUGAAAAUGCAAUGAAAAGAAAAAAUACUGACAACAUAUAUAUGGAGAAAAGACACAAACAGUUAAAAAGAAAUGAUGAUGAAUACAGAGAGAAUGAAAAUGCAAUGAAAAGAGAAAAUACUGACAACAGAUAUAUGGAGAAAAGACACAACAGUUAA